AUGGGUUCUAUCGACGAGCACUGGUCCUCAUUCCAGAACAUGAACCUUGAAACCGCCCAUGCAAAGAAAAUCCAAAAGGUCCUCGAAACAGCAAAUUUCACCCAUCUCUGCUCUGAAGCCACAAAGAUUCGCCAAGAAAAGUCUUUAGAUGCAGUGAGCUGCUCCGUGAACACAGCAAAGUUCACCUACGGAACAUACAACCUAGUGAUUGCCCUAACCCUCUCAGACGCAAUUCAAUGGGUAGCGAGGAUCAUGCUCCCCCAAGACGAAGAAGAACUGCCAGAAGACCCCAUAAAUGAAGACAUUGCAAGAUCGCUCUUGAGUGAAAUCGCAUCUAUGAACUUCGUCCGCUCCACAACAACAAUCCCCGUACCCCGCGUCUACGGCCAUAGCGCCGCAAAGAACGCCUUCGGCCAUCCCUACAUUCUGAUGGAAGCACUCCCAGGAGCUGUGCUAGAUAAUCGAAUGGCACUUUCAAUACCAACUACCCACAGAAGGAAAUUCGCCGCCCAACUAGCCGGCUAUAUCUAUGAACUAAGCACUCUCCAAUUCAGCAAAAUCGGCUGUCUUUCGUACACCAAGUCUAAAGAUCUUGAAAUCACCCCAUUUCACAUGUCCAGCUCCUGGAUUAAACCUCUAUCAACGUCAUUAGAAUAUUUCUAUCUAUUUCGCAAAGCCCAGACGAAAGAAAUUCUCUCGGAACAUCCCGGCGAACAAGACUGGGAAUCUGCGGCCUGGUUCCUCGAACGUUCACUGACAUCAAUGGUAAUGGAAGAACAUCUCUACGGUCCAUUCCCGCUAUGUCAUUUGGAUCUCCAUUACAACAAUAUGCUCGUUGACGAGGACUUCAAUAUCACCGCUGUGCUUGACUGGAGUAAUGUCCAGACUGUGCCGGUAGAGCGGUUUAUCGUGAAUCCGGAAUUCGUUGCUCCGCCUGCUGCGCCGCAGGAAUAUAAACAGGCUGUUUUUGAGUUUCGGGAUAUUUUUGUUAAGGAGUUGGCGAGGAUUGAGCGAGACAGAAAGGAUGAGUCGGAUAGGGGGAUGGAGUUGUCUAGUCUAUUUGGAUCGCCAUUGGCCGAGGUUGUUUUUCGAUGUACCUGUAGUCCUGCGCGAAGGGCUCUUUUUGAUGCUCAGCUUACUUUGGCUUUGACUUACGGUAAAGAUGCAAAGUGGGAGGAUUUUAAGAGAUUCUUCAAUCAACGUGUAGCAUGA